CUAUCAACGAUACUAUUUUGGCAUUCUUCCCAGUGUGUCCUCGCUUCCUUAUUUGUAAAAUGAUAUUACAGGUGUCGACUAUACAGACCACACCCCAGUGGCAAUGAACUCAACUGUCUCACUUGCACCGGAACGGACUCGUGAACACCGAGUCACUGUGUAUGAACGGAUCGGGAAAGGACGAUAGUGACACUUUUUAUGAAUCUGCGGGCUAUUUUAUGGAAUGACACUUUUGGAGAGCUACGGAAUCAUGGAAGCGCCGCCAUUUAUGAAGUCAGUUUUACCUGCGCUAGAUUCAUUCACACUUGACGCAGAUGACACGAGUUUGGCAUUACCACCAGAGGAUAAUACAAAGACUCAUUCAACCGACCGGAGUUUUCGUGUUCAACAACAAGUGCAGCUCACACUUGCUCGUAAGGGCAAAAAGACAACGUCCAAUGGUAGUCUCCAUCUAUCCAGAAAGCCAUCAGUUAUCACCGGUUCCAGAGAUGGAACCUUGUCUAACAUGAAGACACACUCAUCUUUGGGCCAGAUUGGAGGCAGGGACUUCAGCAGCCUGUCGUCUUUGAAGGAAAAUAUAAGAAGUCCGUCUAAGAGGGUGGAUUUGACCCCAGUCACCAGCCCUGAGUUACCUCGCUCCCGUCUGGCUUACGGGACACUCCGUUUCGGAACCUACACCCUCCCCGGCCCUGGCCAGCCUCCCAUGAUGGGGACUUCAGAGGAGCGGUCGUAUGGGACAGACUUGAUGCGGCGUUAUGCCCAUUCAGAAAUGGCCCGUAGCACAAGGACGCACGCCAUGGCUAACAGCGGCAACUACCCCUGGGGCCAGUCCCGCAGCAGCCCUGCAAUUCGCACCAACAACAGCCCCUACCUGAUGGAGGUUCAAAGGGGGGCGAGGAGACAAACAGGCUACGGGUCAUUCCAUGCUACCCAGAGAACAGAGGGCCAGGCCUGGCUGGGCCAGGUGGCGAAGGAGAGCCAGGGGCAUGUGGGAGCCAAAUGGCCUCCCUCGUACCCAGCCUCGCUGGUCAGCAUGGAGGUGGACAUGGGCCAGAUGAGGGCGGCAGCGGAGCCAGAGAUCCAGCAGACAGACGUGAAUGAAGUCACUGCGGUGAAGCCAGAGAGCAGGGUGCCUGAGCUGACAUUGGAGAGGGCAGUGAACCUGCUGGGCCAAGAGAAUGAGGAGAUGCAGAUCACUGCUGCCAGCUUUAUUCAAAACCAAUGUUUCAACAGCUCUGAUGCUAAGAAGAUGGUGUUCUACCUCCACGGUAUACCCAAGCUGAUCAAACUGCUGCAGAGCGACAGCGAGGAGCUGGAGCGGAUAGCGGCGGGUGCGCUCCGAAAUGUGGUCUUUGAGAGCAGCGAGAACAAGAUGGAGGUGAAGGACAACGAGGGCGUGGCCCCUGCACUGCGUCUGCUCAGGAGAAGUCGUGACAUAGAGACCCGGCGGCAGCUCACUGGGCUGUUGUGGAACCUAUCCUCCCAUGACCUGCUGAAGGAGCAUCUCUCCAAAGAGGCCCUGGAGAUCCUGACCACUUCUGUGCUGGUGCCCUGCUCAGGCCUGUCUGAGGGGGAGAACCCCAAAGACGGCAUGCUGGCUGACCCAGACACCUUUUACAACGCCACUGGCUGCCUCCGAAACAUAAGCUCGGCUGGUCCAGAAGGGAGAAAAGCCAUGCGGCAGUGUGAGAACCUUAUUGACUCACUGGUAUACUACAUCCGCGGGACCAUAGCUGACUACAAGCCUGAUGACAAGUCCACUGAGAACUGUGUGUGCAUCCUACAUAACCUCUCCUACCAGAUGGAGGUGGAGCUUCCGCAGAAGUACACCAGCGAGCUCCAUGAGUCUCGACUCAACCUGAAUCCAAAGACCAAGACCCCCGGCUGUUUCGGUUCCCGCAGUGCCAAAAUCAUCCAGCGUCUUGAACCAAAGCGCCCUCUGCUGGAGGAGAAGGGUAGUCCCUGUGGGAUAGAGUGGCUGUGGAGCGCCAUCACUGUGCGCAUGUACCUGUCAAUCAUGGCCCGCAGCAUCCGUCCCUACACCCAGGAGGCUGCCAUCGGAGCCCUGCAGAACAUCACAGCUGGGAACGGCCUGGUGUCCCAGGCCAUCGCCCACACCAUAGUACAGCGGGAGAAUGGUCUACUCCAGGCCAUAAAGAUGCUCCAGGAAGGAGGGAUGGAUGUGAAGAAGACUGCUGUGUCCCUGCUAUGUAACAUCUCACGCUACAGAGAGCUUCACGCUCACAUUGUCAAACAGUUGUUGCCACAGCUGGUGGUCAUGUUACCCAACUCGGACACGAGCACAGACCUGCCUACAGAGGUGACUGUGUCCCUGUGCCACAUCCUCAUCAACCUGAGCCAGGAUGAGACGCAGCACGUCAGGGCCAUCGUCAACCACGGGGCGCUGCCCAAGAUCAUCAACAUCAGCGCAAAGGACAACGGGUUUGGUCCCACCAGGGCUGGCCAGGCAGCCUGCAUCCUACUACACAGCAUGUGGAGCCACUCAGAGCUCCACAGGGCCUAUAGGAAGGCUGGAUAUAGGAAAGCAGACUUCGUCAACAGCAGGACAUCCAAGGCUGUACAUUAAAUCCGGGACUAAGCGGACGAUCACAAAGCAUUGUGCUGAUUGAGGCAAUAGUGUAGUUUUUCUUCUGUGUGGACUUGGAUGACUCAAUUCACUGCUUUAUAAAAUACUUGUUUUGUGUGUCGACUUCUCCACUGUGUGAGGUGUUACGUGUGUGUGUGUGUGUGUGUCCCUGUUCCAGUAACAACAAUUGCUGCAAGCUCUUGGUAGCAGACCAAGUUCUCUACGAUGGAAAAAAAAUGAUUAAAAACAAAACUGAUGGAGGAUCA